AUGUUGGGUGAUGUGCUAGUUGGGGAAUUCAUUCAUGAUAUUUUGUUUGGGUUUUAUAUUAAUUGCGGAUUUUUUGAUACGAGUGUAAUGAGAAAAAAAAUAGUAUUUAAUCAGACUUUUGCUCGAUUUAUAGCUUUCGACGCAAACAUGUCAGCCACGGAACAGAUGGCGCAAAUGCUGAAUGAGUUAAUGGGAGUCAAGCGAAAUGCAGAUAUUGGUGAUACAGAUGAACCAGAUUUCGAUGAACCAGAUGUCUGCAAGAAUUUCUUAGUAGCAUUUUGCCCAAAUGAAAUGUUUAGGAAUACGAAAGCUGAUCUCGGCUUCUGCCCAAAGAUUCAUGAUCCAGCUUUACGACUAAAAUAUCGUGAAAGCCGCCGUUUCGAGAAAUUAGGUUAUGAGGAAGAAUUUUUGAAUAAGAUUCGUCGUUUGGAUGAAGAUGUACGCCGAAAAAUCGACAAAAAUGAGCGUCGUCUUGCCAUGACGCAGCCAGUGAUCAAAGAUGCUUCAAAGGACGGUGCCGAAGGAGAGACCGAUGCUCAACGUAGACAAAAAGAGCUUAUUGCAGAACAGCAGUCAAAUCUAUCAGCAAAGAUAAAUGAUUGCAUGGAAAAAGUAAUAUCAUUCUCCGCUUUCUCAGCUGGCAGCCGCUUCCUACACUUACGAGUCUUAGAUAUUCUUUUAAUGUUAAAGGCUGAAGCCUUGGGAGCGUUGGGUAAAGUUGAUGAAGCGAAGGAGCAGGUGCGACAGGCUGAUAAAUUUAAACAAGAGCGUGCUGCGUUGGACCGUUUGCUAGCACAGUCGGCGAAUCCUACAAGCCAUAUUGAAGAUCUCGCAAAUCAACUUUCGAAGCCAAUGGAAGUUUGUCAGGUUUGUGGAUGUUUUAUGCUUGUAAAUGAUGUGCAGCAACGAAUAGAUGACCACUAUGCUGGGAAGCAGCACAUGGCUUAUGCUAGGAUUCGUGCAACUAUUGAAGAGAUGGACCGAAAACGAGAAGAAAAGCGCAAAGAGAAGUUGGAACGUGAAGAUAAAGAAAAGAGAGAUCGUGAAAAAAGGGAACGAGAUGAUAGAGAGAGACGAGAAGAAAGAGAUCGAGAACGGGAAAGAGAACGUGAAAGGGAAAGAGACCGUGAACGCGAGAGGGAAAGAGAAAAAGACCGAGAUCGCAGACGAGACGAUCGAGAUCGUGGGUAUGCCAUCGACACCGUUCUCGUUCUCCACGCGUACGUCGAGAUGAUGAUCGUCGUUUUGACCGUUAUUCUGAUCGUCAUCGAGAUAGGAGAGAUGACAGAGAUCGUUACAGGGUGA